CCUCCACCAUGCUGCCUAAGUUCGACCCCAACAAGAUCAAAGUCGUGUACCUGAGGUGCACCAGUGGGGAAGUCGGUGCCACAUCAGCCCUGGCCCCCAAGAUCGGCCCCCUGGGUCUGUCUCCAAAAAAGGUUGGUGAUGACAUCACCAAGGCAACUGGUGAUUGGAAGGGUCUGAGGAUUACAGUGAAACCGACCAUUCAGAACAUACAGGCCCAGAUGGAGGUGGUACCUUCUGCCUCUACCCUGAUCAUCAAAGCCCUCAAGGAACUGCCAAGAGACAGAAAGAAGCAGAAAAACAUUAAGCACAGCGGAAACAUCAUUUUUGAUGUGAUUGUCAACAUCGCCCAACAGAUGUGGCAUCGAUCUUUAGCUAGAGAACUCUCUGGAACCAUUAAAGAGAUCCUGGGGACUGCCCAGUCUGGGCUGCAGUGUGGAUGGCCACCACCCUCAUGA